AGCCUUCAGAAAUUCCUGGUCGUAGACUUUCACGGAAAAUGUUUUGAGAAAAUUUGAUCAAUGGCAAAAGGAGGCAAAGAAUACUGUAAAAUGGAAAUGAUCGUGGAACGAGAGAUAUACCCUGCUUGGGCGAGGGAUAUUGAGGAAUGCGAGAAGAACUACACGGUGAAUCGGAAAUCGGGGUUGACAGCGGCGGACGUUGAGGAGCGGCGCAAGAAAUACGGAUACAACGAGUUGGACGAGCACGAGGCGCCGUCGAUUUGGAGAUUGAUUUUGGAGCAGUUCAACGACACGCUAGUUCGGAUCUUGCUGGCCGCGGCGGUUGUUUCUUUUGUUCUGGCUUGGUGCGAUGGCCAUGCGGAAGGAGAAAAGGAGAUUACAGCGUUUGUGGAGCCUCUGGUGAUUUUCUUGAUCCUGAUUGUGAACGCGAUUGUUGGCGUUUGGCAGGAGAAUAAUGCUGAGAAGGCGCUGGAGGCGCUGAAGGAGAUUCAGUCUGAGCACGCGACGGUGAUACGCGAUGGAGUCAAAAUUCCUCACGUAUCGGCGAGGGAGCUUGUUCCCGGUGAUAUCGUGGAGCUUAAAGUCGGCGAUAAAGUCGCAGCCGACAUGCGUGUUCUGGAGCUGAUUAGCUCUACUGUGAGAGUCGAGCAAGGCUCGCUCACUGGAGAGAGCGAGGCGGUUUGUAAAACAACCAAGGCUGUUAACAAAGACGCCGAUAUUCAAGGGAAGAGAUGUAUGGUCUUUGGAGGUACUACCGUGGUGAAUGGAUAUUGUAUCUGUUUGGUGACACAAACAGGAAUGGACACAGAAAUUGGGAAAGUACACUCCCAGAUUCAGGCGGCAUCUCAGUGCGAAGAUGAUACGCCCUUGAAGAAGAAAUUGAAUGACUUUGGAGAGGCCCUUACAAUUAUAAUUGGAGUGGUCUGUGUGUUGGUGUGGAUAAUCAAUGUGAAGUACUUUUUCAGUUGGGAGUAUGAGAAGGGCUGGCCGAAAAAUUUCAAGUUCUCAUUCGAGAAAUGCACUUACUAUUUCGAGAUAGCUGUGGCUUUGGCUGUUGCAGCAAUUCCUGAGGGAUUGCCUGCUGUUAUCACUACAUGCCUGGCACUUGGUAUAGGCAAAAUGGCUCAAAAGAAUGCACUUGUGAGGAAGCUCCCAAGCGUUGAGACAUUGGGGUGUACUACUGUGAUUUGUUCUGACAAAACCGGGACCUUGACCACCAAUCAGAUGGCUGUGGCGAGGCUUGUGGCUAUGGAGACUACUUCUGAUAGGCUGCGGAGCUUUAAGGUUGAUGGAACUACUUACAAUCCCUCUGAUGGGGAAAUACAUGACUGGCCAAGUGAUGGGAUGGACGCAAAUCUUCAAACCAUUGCAAAGAUUUCUGCUAUAUGCAAUGAUGCCGGAGUUGUGCAAUCAGAGCAUAAGUUUGUAUCUCAUGGAAUGCCUACUGAGGCUGCUCUAAAGGUUCUAGUUGAGAAAAUGGGUGUCCCAAAUGGAUGUCAUACUGGUGGAUUAAGUGGCACUGACAUUCUACGCUGUUCUCGGUGGUGGAAUGAAUAUGAACCAAGGAUUGCAACUCUUGAAUUUGAUCGUGAUAGGAAAUCCAUGGGGGUAAUUGUCACUUCCCGUUCAGGGAAAAAAUCUUUGUUAGUGAAGGGAGCUGUAGAAAAUUUAUUGGAGAGAAGCUCCAAUAUGCAGUUGCUUGAUGGUUCUGUUGUACCUCUGGAUCAUGAUUCUAGGAACCUUAUCUUAGGUUCUCUUCAUGAAAUGUCAAGUGCUGCUUUGCGAUGCUUGGGUUUUGCAUACAAAGAUGAGCUCCCAGAGUUUGAGACCUAUGAUGGUAGUGAAGAUCAUCCAUCCCAUGAGUUUUUACUUAACCCUUCCAACUAUUCUUGGAUUGAGAGCAAUCUCACUUUUGCUGGCUUGGUUGGUUUGAAGGAUCCUCCUCGUGGAGAGGUUUUCCAAGCAAUUGAGGACUGUAGAGCAGCUGGAAUUCGUGUAAUGGUUAUCACUGGAGAUAACAAGAGUACAGCAGAAGCCAUAUGCCGUGAAAUAGGUGUUUUUGGACCAGAAGAAGACAUAAGCUCAAAAAGCCUAACCGGGAAAAAAUUUAUGGAAAUGGGGGUGCGUGGCCAGAAAGCCCAUCUGAGACAGAGUAGUGGCCUUCUCUUUUCCAGAGCUGAACCAGGGCACAAACAAGAGAUUGUCAGAUUGCUAAAAGAAGAUGGAGAGGUGGUUGCCAUGACAGGUGAUGGUGUAAAUGAUGCACCUGCCUUGAAACUGGCUGAUAUAGGAAUUGCCAUGGGCGUUGCUGGAACGGAGGUUGCAAAAGAAGCUUCUGAUAUGGUACUGGCAGAUGAUAAUUUCAAUACCAUUGUUGCUGCUGUUGGUGAAGGCAGAUCUAUUUACAAUAACAUGAAAGCAUUCAUCAGGUACAUGAUCUCUUCAAAUAUUGGCGAGGUAGUCUCCAUCUUUCUAACUGCAGCUUUAGGAAUUCCUGAAGGUCUGAUACCUGUCCAGCUUCUAUGGGUAAAUCUCGUCACUGAUGGACCGCCUGCAACAGCUUUAGGAUUCAAUCCUCCAGAUGAGGAUAUAAUGAAGAAACCCCCUCGCAGAAGUGAAGAUCCACUAAUCACUGCUUGGAUUCUGUUCCGCUAUCUGGUCAUUGGACUAUAUGUCGGGAUAGCAACUGUUGGUAUAUUCAUUAUUUGGUACACAUGUGGUUCCUUCUUAGGCAUAGACCUCAGCAGCGAUGGUCACACCCUUGUCACCUACUCGCAACUUGCGAACUGGGGGCAAUGCUCAACCUGGGAAAAUUUUACUGUUUCCCCUUUCAAAGCCGGGACUCAGGUUUUCACUUUUGACAAUAACCCCUGUGAUUAUUUCCAAGGCGGCAAAGUAAAAGCAAAGACUUUAUCCCUCUCUGUGUUGGUUGCAAUCGAAAUGUUCAACUCUCUCAAUGCCCUUUCCGAGGAUGCCAGCCUCUUCAAAAUGCCUCCAUGGCUCAACCCCUGGCUCCUGGUAGCCAUGUCUGUUUCAUUUGGUCUGCACUGUCUGAUCCUCUACGUGCCUUUCCUAGCGCAUGUAUUUGGCAUUGUGGCCUUGAGCUUCAAAGAGUGGCUCUUGGUCUUGGUUGUUUCCUUCCCCGUGAUUUUGAUCGAUGAAAUCCUCAAGUUCAUAGGUAGGUACAUGAGCGGGGUUCAAACAUCUAUCAAAAGAAGAUUUUCUUCGAAGCCCAAAUCAGAGUGAGAGGAGAAUACGGCCUUUUGUUAUAUUCUAUCAAGAAACUAUGUUCCCCAAUGGGCCCAAUCUCACUGCAACGGGGGACAAUAUGGGCGAUGAAGAACUUACCGUACUGUACCUUUUUCACCAUCUCCCUCGUCAAUGUCUAGGUUUUUAUUUUUAAAAAAAAAAAUCACCCUUUUACGUUUUUGUUGUAUAAAUACAAAAUAUUAUAAAGAAGUAUUAUUAUGCAAAUAUAUGGCCGUUAACUGG